UUUGGUUCUACAUGCUCAUUACUUGUAUUGUGUGUUUUCACUAUACAAACAUAAAAAUAAUUAUGUGCAAUGCAGUGUGAUCAGAUGGAACAUGGGACAAGAGUAGAUGGGAAGAUGGGCUGGGUUUGGAGGAAAGGGGUUAGUGUGUGUAAGAAGGUUCUUGCAACAUGUUUUGUAAUGUUUUCAGCACCAUUACUCGUUCCGGCACUAGUUGUUGCCUUUACAAUGGCUUUGAUCUCGUCUCUUCCUUAUUGCAUUUUCUUGGCGAGCUAUGUUUGUUUUGAAAAGCUGAUGAGGAAACUGCUUCCUGAUAGUGCUUUUGGUGGAAGAUGUGAUCAUGAAAUGAUAAUACUUCCUAACAAGAUUGGUCAUGGUGAUGAAGGUAUAGGACGAGUUGCGAUAAGUGAGCCGAUUCUUGUUCAGAUUGAGGAAGAGAGGACUAUUGCAAUAGCUUAUAGGGAAGAUGAGGAUAUGACAAAAGAGUUAAGGAGCUGGUUAGAGAGUAUUAGAGAUGAGGGUAGGACUUAUCAGUCACUUGAUAGAGGAAUAUCUAGAAAACGUUUUGAAGAUGAUCAGGACAAAGAUCAGUUGAUAGUUCCUAAGUCAGAGAAUGUUAGAGCACGACUUGAAGAUCUAUUAGGAAAGAAGCAAGUUUCUGUGACCAAACAUGAAGGGGAACUUGAGUCAACUACAAUUAAACCAUCUAGAGGGGAUGUGAACAAUUCUUCAACUGUGGUGAAAGCAUUGUAUAGCGAGGAACAAAUAUGGAGUAAGAUUGAGGCAUUAAGAAAGGUAGUUGGAUAUAGUGUUGCGAGGAGCACGACAUACUCGGAAGAAUUGAAGGCGCUUUACAUGUUCACGGGAGUCGAAUUGCCGACAUCGAUGUUGGAGGAUCAAGAUAUUGCAAAAGUCAGUGAGGGGCUUUCCUUUCUAAUUUCUGUCAUUGGAAUAAAAUAGGGUGUUUGAUAGUAUUGUUAUCGUAUAGCUUUAAACACUAGCUUUUCUUUUGAACUGCUCAAUGAUGAAUGAUCGUUUCUUUUGUGUUUAUGCAACCUGUUUUUAUAUUUACA